AUGUGCGCCGUCAGGGACUUGAAGCUGUCAGUGAUCUCAGAGGGCAAAAAGGUGCCCGUGGGCUAUGCAGGCCAUCCAGCACGAAUUCGGACAGAAACCUUCGAAGGCUCGAUGUUUUUUGCUCAUCGCCCUCCAAACGGAAGCAGUGCGCCAUGGGCAUACCGCGAGCGCCUUGAAGGCAAGGGCUCGCCAGACUGGCUUUGGGAGGUCCAACUCCACGGGCGCUUCUUGCGCAAACCCCAGGGACCCGUGUGGCUCAGGGCAGAGCUCCGCGACGGGCCAAUGCAGCUGGGGCUCGUCUCCAGGGCAUUGUGUCGUGGAAUCUUGAAGUUCGCACGCAUGAUGGCUCAGCGACGCGGUGGUGAUAUUUGUUUUGCAUUUGGCGAUGAGGCCAAACAGCGGCCAUCCAUUUCACUUCCUGUGCUCCUGCUAGAUCGAAUAUUUGUGGCCGACCGAAGUCACCCUCUCCCGGUCGGAGGUGAUGAAUCCAAGGGCACUUGGCGGUUGGUUGGUGACGACUGGGUACCCAUCGAGCGCAGCUCGGUUGUCUUUGACAGCAAUACCUAUGUCACCGUGGUGCUCGCAACUAGCUACAUGGACUGGACGAACUGGCAGCUUUCUAGCAUUCCUGGACUUGGUACUCUCUCACUGGAGACUUUCUGGGGAGACCAGGGCGCAUGGAUCACGCUGUGCGAACUGGAACCGGACGAGUCUGUGAGGACCUUCUUCUUGGAAGCGAACCUCGAGUCCGUGAAGGUCAGUGCCGAGACUCCUCGUCCAUCAACAGUUUAUGAUGAGGAUGACUUGAAGGUAGAAGAAGUGCUUGUGGCGGCAGCCGCAGAUGCGAACGAUGAUCAGAAUCAAAAGGAAAGCUCCAGCAGUGAUAACGAGGGCGACCAAAUGGCACGUCAAAGGACUCCUUACGACUUAGCGGAGUCCGACAUCGAAAUGGAAGACUUGUGCAGCGAUGUUCCGCUUGAGCGUGAGUGGCUUAAAACGCCUGCUGAGCUGGUGCUGUCACCGCUGUCGCCACAAGGAUCGCCGAGUGGAGCUGCUGAUGUGGCCCGGGUGACGCAAAUUGAGAUGGCACUGGAUGCUCCAGACGUUGGACCUCUACGUCGAUGCUUGUCCGGGGACCUUGCUGCCAUGGACGAGGAGGAAGAAAACCAGGACGAGUUGGAGCACGACAGGCCUACGAGCGUAUCUCGGCGGCUAUCGAAGCGCUUCGUCGCUUCGUUAACACUUCCAUGGUAUUUGCGCACAAGUGGCGGACAAGUUUGGUGGUGCAUUUCUGUGGAGGGGUGGCCUCUGUGCUGGCGCCGAGAUCACCAGAUCAGCCGCCUUUGCGAGGCAGUGGAACCCGGAAAAGCGAAGCUGCUACGGUCCGGGAACAGCGUCCAGGACAUGGAAAUGACUCGGCGUCGUGCUACAAAGCUGCUGUCGCAGUUAGAUCCUGCACUACUCGACGAGUUCAUCCGAAUGGACGUGGCUUUGCCACGGUUAUUGGCAAGCACCAGCGGAGGUUGGGUUGGGGUGGUGGAAAGCGAGGGCCGGAUCGUCGAGCGAAAGGUUUCUGUGACUGAGGCGCGAACAACGGAUGCCGUCCUCCGCGCAGGCGCCGAGGUGGUAUCGAAGAGUGCCGUGCUCCGGCAAGCUGCUGAAACGGCCCGAAGAGGCUCGUCGCAGCUGCCGCUGCCUGCAUUUUCCUCCAACGACGAAGUGCCAUUGGCCCUGCGCUGGAAGAGUGACACUGGCAGCCGCUCUUUUUUCGACAGGCCCCAAGCAUACUUUACGGAGGACAUCCUUGUUGAGCUGAGCCUUGCAUCCGUUUCCAGGACGGUGAUUGCAGGUGCACCAGCUGUGGCCGUUACAAUCCCGCAACGGCAGUUUGUCUUCGUCACAAGGUCUGCGGAAGAAGCGGACAAAUGGGCAGCGUCACUGAGAGCGAGUCCGAGCCCAACAAACACGCCAGCCGCCACUGCAAGUCCCAGUCCCUGGAAAGACAGGCUUCGUCGAUGGCCAAUGAACCGUCUCGUGUGCAACGAUUUCGAGCUGUGCUUGGAUGUUUGCAAGGACCCGCUCUCAUUGUCUGCGGAGUUGCUUCGGCUUGCAAUCAGCGCGCAAGGGAGUCCCCCUGACAAAGUGUCUGCUGUCACGCAGCUGAGCUGCAAGCUGAAAACCGUCGAUCUCACGCCGCUAGAUCCGCAGGACCUGUGGGGCUUUUGGGUUAAUGUGUAUCACAGCCUCCUGGUACACUCGUGCGGCCUUUAUGGACGCCCAAGAACCUUGAGGUCUCUUCUGGGAUUUUACAACAGCUGUUCAUACCUCGUCGCUGGCCAAAUCUUCUCUCUUGCAGAGAUUGAACAUCUCGUGCUGCGAAGCCAGAUGCAGAAAGCUAGCACACGACUUAUGACGCUGCUCGUGCGCGUUUGGCGCCGAGAAUCUUCUGAGCUUGAGGAGCGCCCUUCCUUACGCGUUCCUCUUAACCCCGGGGAGAACUUCAGAUGCCGUCCCGAUUGGCGUCUCAAUCUAGUUCUUUGCGCAGGCAACAAAGCCAGCAGCUCGAAGGUCCCAGUUUUCGAGCACAUGUCGGCUGACGACUUUGACAAGCUCGUGAGCAAGUCAAUGUCACAUUGCUUACGAGCUGCCGGCCGACUGGACAAGAAACCCGUCCAGCUCCCGUAUGUGCUGUACCGCUUUCGCGCCGAUGCGCCCGGACCAGCCACUGAAUCGCCCGAUAGACGAUGGUCAAGUGCAUUGUCACCUUUGCUCGAAGACACGUCGCUUGAGGGUCGAUUGGCGUACAAGUCUGGCUAUGAUUGGACCAUGCGGGAACGGCUAGACUUGCUCUGA